AUGCCUCGAGGAAAUAUUAAGUUGAAGUGGUUGAGAGAGAUCUUCUCAGUACCGUUGCCUGUUGAUGCCCCACAAAUUUUGGUUGACCAACAUGCACGUGCAUACAUUAUGCACAUGAUUGGUACUAUAUUAUUUCCAGAUUCAAGUAAAGAUAAAGUGCAUGCGAGGUGGUUACCACUCCUCGAGGACUUGGACGUAUGUGGUACAAAAUCGUGGGGUAGUGCCGUUUUGGCGUAUUUAUAUAGAGAGAUGUCAAAAGUGGCACUUAUGCAAAACAGUGAGCUUAAAGGGUGUCUAAGCUUAUUGCAAGUAUGGGCAUGGGAGAGACUUCAUUUGAAGCCGAGACUAUGCACGCAUUUACAAUUAGAUGGACAAAUUCCACUGGGAUGCAGAUGGAAUGUCGAAAAAUGCUAUGACGAGACCCCGGCUAGACAAUUGGAUUUCUACCGGAAUGAGCUUGACCGUAUGAAGAUUUUUCAGAUGGAAUGGGAGCCCUACACCCAAUUUCUACCUCAGCUACCCCCAAUAUGCACAGAAUACCAAGUUGUAUGGAGAGCUAGAGUUCCUCUUAUAUGUUUGGAGAUAGUAGAAAUGCAUGUACCGGACCGCGUGCUUCGACAAUUUGGUCGUGCACAACAUGUUCCGCAGUUUGUUGAAAAGAUAGAGAGGAAGGCAAAAAAAGGAGGCCAGCAAAUAAACUGGAUGAUCGUGCAUCAAGCUUUUAUACACAGAUGGAAUGAUAGGCAUUUUUGCAUUGUCAACCAAAUUGAACCAACUCCUCGGGAAUCAGAUUACUACACUUGGUAUUGGGGCAUAACCCGAAGAUGGAUACUUCAUUCAACCACAAUACCGGUUGAGUCGCAAAGAGGAUAUGUGCCCCAGGGUAUAGAUGAGAGAGAACUAGUAUCAGCAAUAGAUGAAGUUCAAACUCUUGCAAAUCGUGGCUUAGAAUUGGCUCGAGCAGGUAGAAAUCCCGAAACACAUGAACAUGUAUCAAUAUAUUAG